GAGCGAGUGGGGGGCUACAGUGAGUAGUGAGUAGCAGCAGACUACAGUGCCCGCGGGAAGGUUGCUCGGUGCACUCACUACGUCUCCUCGCGCCAUGGACCGCUUGCUUAUUUUCUCUAUCUGGACCGCUCUCUUAUCUCUCGCGACAUGUACAGAUAUUGCUGCAGUAUACGAGUCCAGUCUCCUUCACAUUCAGGAUGCUGACAAGGUCGUACCUACCUCACCAAUACCAUGGAACAAUGUGACCUUGCAUCUACCCCAUGACCUCUGCUACCCUGUGGGAGUAGCUCAUGACCCCAAGCACAACAGGCUUCUCGUGUCAGAUUCCAUUCGUUGCCACGCCCUUAUUGUAUCUGUUUCCCUUGAUGAGGAACACAAAAUAAAUUCAGUAGUUGAAGGAGAUGGUAUUGUAGUGGUUGAAGGAUUAUCAUACGACCCAAGAAGAGAUCAGCUCUACUGGACAGAUGCCACUUCACAUAACAUUUACAAAGCCCAUGUCCCAGAGGAUCUUGAAGACAGCUUACCAUCAGAGCCUAGACAAGUUCAUGAUUUUGGGAACAUAGUGAAGCCACGAGGAAUUGCGGUUGACUACUGCAAUGAAAUGCUGUAUUGGGCAGAGCGUGGAGAGUCUGGAGAAGUGCCAAGUAGUAUAAAGAUGUGUGAUCUUGAAGGUACAAAACACACCGUUGUUCACCAAGCAAAUAAAGGACAAGAUGUUUUCUAUCAGGACCUGACAUAUGAUACUGCAAGUGGGCAGAUCAUCUGGGCAGAAACAACAACAGACUCACACGUAAACAGCAGCUGCAGAAUUAUCAGUUCUGGAGAGGCAGGAGAAAGAGUUCUGGUCAGCAGGGAACAGUGCUAUCCCUUUUCCCUAACCACCGAUGGCAGCUAUGUGUACUGGUCUGACUUUAGCCAAAAGGGCAUCAUGAGGGCCAGCAUGAGUGACCCAGAAGAUGUGGUUAAGCUGGUUCAUGCUCCUGAAUUUGAAGGUGUUUUUGGGACACAUUUUGGCGUUUAUGGCAUUGUUGCUUUGAACGGGCCGGAGGGAGACUCUAUUGAAGAUUUUUGCAAGGAAAAAAUGAAACCUAAGUUGCAGAAGGAGGAACCCAGUGAUCUAAAGGAAGAUGUUAAGUUAGAGGCAAAGCCUGCAGUUGCAGCUGUGAUGGAUGAGACCUUGGUUGAUGAAGCUGACCAGGCGACUACCAGAGUGGCUUAUCACGUAGAAGUACAAGGAGGCGAAACUACAGUGCUACCUGAUGUAGAAAUCUAUAAUGCAGAUGAAGAGAAAAUACACUCUGAAGAGUCAAAGCAUUUCUCACAAAUUGUACAUGCAAACCCAAGUGAUGAUGAUAAAACAGAACCCGAAAUUGAGGAAAAAGAAUAUAUUCAUUCUGAUUCUCCACCUCCAAUGAAAACAGAAGAUUCUACAAGAUAUUAUCAAAAUUCGGAACAGAAAUCACCUGCUGACUAUUUAAGAGCUCAAGUGUACAGUGAAAAACAACUUUAUAUCAUUGUGAUAGUGAUACUGGCAGUGUGUUGCACAUUAUUUUUCUGCACAACGCUAGGCCUGAGUGUGAAGAUACUGUUUCUGAGGAGAACAGACAUGCCAAAAGGAGAAUUACCAACUACAAUACCAACCAAAGGAACCCCAGCAAAGAAACCUCGUCAACCAAAGAGGUUUGGGCCCCCUAAAAAGGCUGGUUUUACAGCAGUCUCAACUUGCUCAAGACAGGCUGAUGACGGCGUUCACAUCAACAUUGAAGACUGCUGUCAGAUGACGCUGUGUGAAACGCCAUGUUAUACAACUGUCAAGAAAGAAGGAAGAGGUUAUACAGCAGCUAAAGAAGACAAGAAGAGUUUGCUUGAUAAUUACAACUUCUGAUAUGUGGCUAAGAAUACCUUAUGUAAGCGCCUUGUCAAUUAAAAUAGAGGACUGCAGGCGACCAAACAUGAAACACGACAAGAGUGGGUAUUGGUAUUUUUACACAUCAAGUCCAUAUUAUUAGCUCAUUCCUCCAUUCAGGUUUAAUUGUAUCAGUGGAAACAUUUCCAAAGAGUGCAAUAUAAUGGGAGUGUGGUAAUACUGUCAGAGGUAGGUGAAUCUUUUAAAGCUUAAAUUCUUUCAAGUUAUUCAUUAUUGGUCAUGUAAGCAAUAUUUCUUUUCUUGUGGACAGAAAAAACAAACAAUGGCCUUUACCAUUAUGAGAAACUGCAAAUUAAUGACUUGUUAAUGGGAAGUGUUCAGCCCCGUCCUAAUUUGCUUGUCAUUAAUGCCAUUGUCUAGAGAAUUAUAUUAUUAUCAAGCUGUAAAUUGGACUCAGUCAUGAGAUGUAUUAUAUACUCACUCUGUAAAUAUACUGUUACAAGUGGUCUAAGACAUAUUGUAUAUUAGGAAGAGGGUCUAUCAUAUCAGAUAGGCAUUAUCACAUUCACAUAUUUAUGCAUGCCCAAGCACAAGCACAGGUACUGGUGUAUGACAUGCACGCACACACCAGCAAACACAGAUCCAUAAACACACAGACACACACAUGCACUCAAACAAACACAGAGACACACAUCAACAUGUCUGAUUUUCCCGUCUGUUAAAGUCAAUAUCAUAAUGGCUGUGAAUUACCUCAUUUUAGAUUUUGCUGCAGUGACAUCUUGGCACAAUGGUUAUUCAUUUUCAUUCCUUGUAGUGCCAGUAAAUGGAUGUGGGCCGUCUUGCUCAUGCAGGACCUGUUCAGGGGGUUAGGCCCUAGCCUGUACUAACCAGAGGGGCUGCUCGGCUGCACCUUUUGUGUAGUUAUUCUUUUCGUAGAGAAAAAAUUUAAAUUAAAAAAAAAUAAAAUUUAAAGAAAGAAAAAAAAAAAAAAAAAAAAGUAAAUUUCUUGCACUUACUAAAACAUUUGUAAAUCACUUACUAUUUGGUGGAAUCAUUAUACGUUACUGCCCAGAGCCACGUCAAUAGGUGCCAAAUAGUGUUUCCAUUAAUGAUGUUCUGAAUUUGGUUAUGUAUUUUAUUUCAACUUGUCAUACUUUUUUGUCUUCCAGCAUGCCAUUAGCUUCUCCUUUUGGCUUGCUUUGGCUUUUAACAAAGAUUGUAUUGAAAAUAAGAGAAAAAAAGACAGUAUUCUUUUUUAAUGGAACAAGUUAGAGCAAGGUCUGUAUAUUAAAGAUGUCUGACAAAAUGUUUUUUUUAAAGCAGUGGCACAAAAGCUUUUUUUCAUCUUUUUUAACAGGCAAAUCUCAUUGUGUUUUAAGUAUACUGAACAUUAACUUGUUACACUUGAGCCAUAGAAUUAUGGAAAAAAUGAAGUGAAAAUAACAAAUGUACAGUUAAGUACAUGAAUUUGAGAAUCUGUUAAUUCUACACAUUUGUCUGUAUGUAUGGUGCUCAGAUUUUAUGAUUAUAUGCAUCUUAUGAUUAUAUGGACAUAGUUCACAUUAUCACUUGGAAUUCCGAGAAUGGUGCAAGAAACUUAUUGUUAAAGUGUAGAAAGUAUCACAGAAAAACAAAUAACAUAUCAUCUUAAAUAUAUAUGCAUCAUCUACUAACAAAUCAAAUGGUAACAACCCCGUUGAACUUACUGUACGGUACGUUCAAUAACUGAAGGUGGAAGUGCUCACUACUUAAAGCAGCUUUUCUCAUGUUCAUAACAUUUCAUAAAGGUGUUAAUAUUUAUUGUAUUUUGGAGUACAUGUUACAUGGAUGUUUUGCCCCAAAUGUGUUUUCUGUGUUGACUUAGAUGAAUGUAAGAUGUGUAUAAAAUCAUCUGCAUAAAUGAAAGUUUUGUGGUUGGGAAAUAAUCAGUGUAAGAUCUGAUGUAAAAAAUUAUUAUACAAGGUGAGUUACUGAUCAUUGUAUGGCUUUGACUUACAAGUUAUAUUGUCCAGACAUGAACUCUGGAGUUGUUAAUGUUAUAGCUUAACUGUGAUAAAGAACUAUAAGAGAAAAACGAUCAUACAUGAACAAUCUUUAAUCCAAAGCAUAUUUAUAUAUAUGGAUGUAAAGCAUUUCACUUUUUAAGAAGAGUGUAAUACUAAUCUUUAAAAAAAAAAAAAAAAGGUUUUAUUUGAAGGUUAAUGCUGGUCUUAACCAAGCUGAAAAUUAAAUGUUAUAUUAUUCCCUUUACUAACUGGGAAGGAGAAUGGAGUUCCAAAUUCAGAUGGUCUACAAUGUUAUUUUUUUAUACAUAGAUCUGAAACUUUGCACCAUUUUUUUUAUUUAUUAUUAUUAACUUUAAUGAUUAUUGUCUUUUGUAUAAUCCAGCUUCCAAUAUAUGGGUCUGUGAUUCUUUAAGCCCUCUGACCUUAAGAAGAGGUAGAGAGAAAAACUAUAUUUUAUAUAAUUUUAUUCUAUUAUUAAGAUGGGAUAUGUUUGGCGUGUCAGACAUGUCAAGAAAUAGAUUUUAAUGCAGUGUUGGUAACUAGGGUCAACUCUUCUAUGCUUUGUGCAAAGUCCAUCUUAAUUUGGUGUCAAAAUCUAGUUUAUAAUUACAGGGUUAUGGAAAAAAAAAAAAGUUACCUCGUUGUAACUUUAUUGGUAAUGUUGAAACAAAACGGUAAUGUUUGAAGUCGUUGGAUCAGUCAACUUGCGUUUCUGAGAGUAGGAAGCAGUUGUGUCGAAAGGUACAGUUUUCUAGUCAUGAUUAAUUUCUUGGAGCAGCAGUUUCUUAUUAUUUUUUGUUUACAUUUUCCUGUUUUGAAGAACAGUUGAAACUUCCUCAGGGAAAUAAUCUAAACUAUUGUUUGUGAGUUAUGAGGAAGAUCAGUUGGUUGUGAAGAGGUACAGUAUUAAUGUUGUGACGUAGCCGUUUUUGUCUGCAAUCGCAUUUAUUUUCUCUGAAGGUAAUGAAGUGCAAUUGAAUAAUUUCCUUUGUUGGUUUUGUAAACGGAAAAGGAAAUGUGAACAUUUGAUAAAUUUCAUUUUUCUGUAAUCAAAUGUAUGUACAAGUCUGGGUUUUCAAUUUCAGAUUUGAAAACAUCUGCUACAUAUGAGGAUAUUAUAUCUUAGUAUAUAUGAUGAUGAUACUUCUUCACAUAUAUGAGUACAUAAAUAUCUUCAUAUAUGCAGAUCUAUGAAUGGUAUAACAUUUACAAGAAACCAUGGCAGAAUGGCACAGCCCUAGUACUAAUAUUGUGUAUAAAAUGCUGUAGUAAAAUGGUGGGACUCCCUUUAACUCUGCAUAAUAUCUAGUUAUUUAAAAUACUACUUUACUCUCAAAAGGAGACAGAGAAAAAACAAAAACAAAAACACUGCAGUGUUAAAAUGUCCUGAUAUGUUGCCUUACCUCGCUCAUCCUAAGAAAGGAUAGUGAUAUUUUUGUAUGCAAGAUUUAAUGAAGCUGCAUUUACUUGUGACGGUCACAUGUAGACACCAAGAUGGGUCACAUGUUGGACCUUUUAGUCAUUGUUGUGGUUAUGGUAUGGGCUCUUGAGAUGGAGACAUACCACUGAUAGUCUAGAAUUUCAUUUCAAAUGAUCAACACCGGUGGUACAGUAAGUUUCCGAGAUAGGUUUUUAACUCAAUUUCAAACACAGUCUCUUUGCUUGAUAUUAUAAUUUAUUCUAGACUGUACCAGCUAAAUUUCAUUUUCACAUGAAUUUUUGUACAUUUCUUUUGUUUUAAUUAUAUCAGGAAGAGUAAUCCUCGUUUAUUUUUUUUUAGAAUCAAAAUCUGUCUGAUUUAUUGUACCAUUAUAAUUUCCCCAUAUUUUCUCAAUGCAAUAAAUGUUGAUCUCACA